AUGCACUGGAAACACACGACUUCAGUGCUCGCUUUCUUCGCAGUAAAAGGAAAUAGUUGGCCCUACGAUGAAACGCUCACUGACUAUAAUAUCAAUCAAAACAAAUUGGCGACAAAUCCAUUGGAAUACUGGGGCGAAUGGCCCGACCACACAUAUUUUCCCUCGCCAGAGAAUUGGCGCUUUCCUGUAUAUACACUUUUCCUCGACCGAUUCGUCAACGGUGACCCAACAAACGACAACAUCAAUGAAACCUUGUUUGAACAUGACAUCAAUUCGAAUCAGAUGCGGCAUGGAGGUGAUGUGGCAGGUUUACUGGACACUCUGGACUAUUUGCAAGGGAUGGGAAUCAAGGUUAGCAUGGAUCUCGAGCUUGAAUCCCCAAGAAAGGGCGAGCUAACAAUAUCCCAGGGUAUUUAUCUUGCUGGACUGGUUCUUAUGAACCAACCAUGGGGAUCUGACGGCUACUCUGCACUCGAUACUACACUAUUGGAUCAGCAUUUUGGAACUAUCGAGACCUGGAGAUCCGCCAUCACCGAAAUCCAUGAUCGGGGAAUGUAUGUCAUCUUUGACAAUACAGUGUCAACAAUGGGAGAUCUUAUUGGCUUUGAAGGGUACAUGAAUAAAACAACACCUUUUCUGACCAAAGAGCAUAAAGCGGCAUGGAAGUCUGGCCGUCACUACGUCGACUUUGAGUUUGGCAAUGAAUACAAUGAGACAUGCAAUUAUCCUCGCUUCUGGAAUGAAACCGGAUAUCCGGUGGAUGACUACGUCUAUGAUGAGUUAUGUGGAUGUUACGACAGUGACUUUGACCAAUAUGGUGAUAUCGAGGCAUUUGGUGUCUUCCCUGACUGGCAAAGAGAGCUUGCCAAAUUUGCUUCCGUGCAAGACCGUCUACGGGAGUGGGUUCCGAGUGUGAGAGACCGACUCAUUCGACAUUCGUGCAUGAUAAUCAGCUCGUUCGAUAUUGAUGGGUUUCGCUAUGACAAAGCGACACAAGCUACUGUUGAUGCCCUUGGAGAUAUCUCUGGCGCGUACAGAGACUGUGCUCGGAAUGUUGGCAAGGAUAAUUUCUUCCUCCCUGGCGAAAUUACCAGUGGAAACACACUGGGAUCUAUCUUCCACGGGAGAGGCCGACAACCUGAUAUGCAGCCCGAGACACUAGAGGAAGCAUUCACACUGACCAACGAGUCCGACACCAUAUUCUUCCUUCGAGAUCAAGAUAAGCAGGCAACUGACGGUGCCGCCUUUCACUACUCAGUUUACCGAUCUCUUACGCGAUUUCUGGGCAUGGAUGGCAAUUUGGCUGCUGGAUAUGAUGUUCCCGUCAAUUGGACAGAAGCAUGGUAUCAGAUGGUUCUCACCAAUGAUAUGGUCAAUGCAAACACUGGCAAGUUUGAUCCACGUCACAUGUAUGGAGCGACAAACCAAGAUGUGUUCCGUUGGCCCGCUGUCGAAUACGGCAUCGAAAGACAGCUACUGGCACUCUUCAUCACAACACUACACAUGCCGGGAAUUCCGUUGCUGCUGUGGGGCGAGGAACAAGCCUUCUACAUUUUGGAUGCCUCAGCUGCUAACUAUAUAUAUGGUCGUCAAGCGAUGUCACCAGCUACGGCUUGGAAAAACCACGGAUGUUUCCAGCUGAACUCCACGCAGUAUUUUCAAUGGCCGAUCCAGUCAGGGCGACUUGGUUGUCAUGAUGAGACUGUGUCCUACGACCACCGCGAUCCCGCUCAUCCUCUGCGUAACAUCAUUAAACAUAUGUACCAGAUGCGACAAGACUAUGGUUCUUUGAAUGACGGGUGGUGGCUGCAGCUUCUUUCAAAUCAAACACACAACAUAUAUCUCCCAGGCUCUGAUGGAGUUCCCACGGAGACAGGGAUUUGGUCUGUUCUGCGUAGUCCCUAUCACCAGAUGCAAGAUCUAGGAGAGAUGGGAAACCAAACUGUUUGGUUUGUCUACCACAAUGACAACAAGACCGUGGAUUAUGAGUUUGACUGCUCUGAUCUCACCUCUGCCAUUGUUGCUGCCUUCGACACAAACACGACAGUCAAAAACCUCUUCUAUCCACACGAUGAGUUGAUCUUGAAAGAUGGCCCCAUCAAACUAGGCCUGAAUGGCUCUGAAAAAUACAAUGGUUGUGUCGACAUGAUUAGCCUUGCGCCUUAUGAAUUCCGAGCCUACAUCCCCAAGGAUAAAUUUAUACCACCACGGCCCAUGAUAACCAGAUUCUUGCCUGGGCACGAUGUCCCAUUGCUAUCAUCCGUGGCGCCGGAUGAAAGCGAGUCUUUGGAUAUUGAAUUGUUCUUCUCAACUGAGAUGAACUGCUCUAUGGUGACAGACUCGAUUUCGCUGGAAUCCACUACUGAGUCUGGAGUAGUACCCUCGUUGGACCUCGAUAGUGUGACUUGUGAGACUAUGUUACCUGAGACUACAUCCUGGACAGGCCAUAUACCAUCAACAUGGGCUUGGAAAGCGACUCUGACUGGUGUGUACAACGGUGUGCACAAGUUGACCGUCAAGAAUGCAACCAGCGUUGACGGGAAAGCGACAAACGCGGUCGAUCAUUUCCUCUUUAGGAUCGGUCAACAUGACAAUCCCAUCAUCUUCACCUCUGCAAACUAUUCGAGAAGCCUGCUCCACGAAAAGGAGGACGGUUCGCUCUUCAUUACACAGCAUGCCGCUGGUGCAGACAAAUACCGAUACUCGACCAACUGGGGGAGCUCGUUUUCCGAAUGGCUUCCCUACAAAGGGGGGAAUCAUACUAUCCAAGAGCUGCUCUGGUCAGGCACAGCCAAACAGAAAUGGGAGGGCAAACAUGUCAAAGUGGAAUACUGGAGUCGCCUCACGGGGAGCAGCGACUAUGUUCAGGAGGGUGACAGUGUCCACUGGAACCCCGACGUCCAACGUCGCUUCCCCCAUCUCUUUUUCAACGGUCCUUUCAAUAAGUAUGGCUUCGAUGCUGGUUUGGAUAAUGUCGUGAGACAAGAUAGUGAUGGGAUCUGGAAGUUCCGUUUCAUGGCUGAGUGGCCUGCUCAGGGUCAACUCAAUGUCUGGGGGAUGAAUCCUGAUAACCAGCCGGAUCAAAGCUAUAUCUACGGAGACUCAAAUGGAGACUCGGUCCUCGACCGUCUCCCACCUUCUUCACUCAGCGUAACGUCUAUCAACAUCACCGACCAUCCACCGAAUCCUCAUCUGGCCUGGAAACUUCACCUCGAUGACUCAAAUCUGCAGUUUAAACUUGUUCCAGCAGGGUCCAAAUAUGUCCAAAUGGCUCUGUUCUUCCUACUCUGGAUUGUCCCGGUCAUCACAUCAUGCAUCUGUGCCUUUAUGUUUAUGAAAACAUUCUAUCGAAUCAAGUUCAAUCAACUCGGGGUGAGCGAAAAGAGAGCACUUGUCUCCACGGCAUUCAUUAACAAAUUCAAACCUGGCCAUAUUGACGAUGCUCAAUCCAAAAAUCCACUUGCGCGGUUUGCAAAUAAAUCCAGCUUUCUCCAAAGCAGCUCCGCCUUCGAAAAUCGAACUGCCCACAGACGAAAGGUUCUGAUCGCCACCAUGGAAUAUGAGAUUGACGAUUGGGCCAUCAAGAUCAAAAUCGGCGGUUUAGGCGUCAUGGCCCAGUUAAUGGGUAAACAGCUUGGACACGAAGAUCUUAUAUGGGUCAUACCAUGCGUUGGUGGGGUGGCUUACCCUCUCGAUAAACAGGCUCAAUCAAUGUUCGUCAUGAUUCUUGGUAACUCUUACGAAAUCAAAGUCCAGUACCAUCAAAUGAGGAAUAUCACAUACAUUUUGCUGGACGCGCCAGUGUUUCGCCAGCAAUCAAUUUUGGAGCCCUACCCGGCCCGCAUGGAUGACAUGGACAGCGCCAUAUAUUAUUCCGCCUGGAAUCAAUGUAUUGCUCAGACAAUGAAACGUUUCUCUAUUGAUUUAUACCAUGUGAAUGACUAUCAUGGCGCAGUUGCUCCAUUGUACAUUCUUCCAGAGACGAUACCUAUCUGCCUCUCACUCCAUAACGCUGAGUUCCAGGGUCUCUGGCCUAUGCGGACACAGAAAGAGAAAACCGAAGUCUGUUCAGUCUUCAAUCUCGAUUUGGAUAUCGUGACGCGCUAUGUGCAGUUUGGCGAAGUUUUCAAUCUUCUACAUGCAGGUGCUAGUUACCUUCGCCUCCACCAACAAGGUUUUGGAGCGGUCGGCGUGUCUAAGAAGUAUGGUAAGAGAUCAUAUUCUCGAUACCCAAUUUUCUGGGGACUGCGGAAAAUUGGCAAUCUGCCGAAUCCCGACCCUUCCGACACCGGAGAAUGGAAUAGGACCUUGCCUAAAGAGAGUGAUAUCAACAUUGACAGCGAACUCGAGAUCGGCAGAGCAGAAUUAAAACGACUAGCUCAAGAGUGGGCCGGUCUAAAGCAAAGGGCCGAUGCCGAUCUAUUAGUUUUUGUUGGACGAUGGUCAAUGCAGAAAGGAAUAGACCUCAUCGCCGAUGUUUUGCCCGGCAUCCUUGAGUCCCGCCCAAAUGUCCAGCUUAUCUGUAUCGGCCCUCUUAUUGACCUAUAUGGCAAGUUUGCUGCAUUGAAACUGGAUCGAAUGAUGAGUCUCUAUCCUGGACGGGUAUGCUCGAAGCCCCAGUUCACGAUACUGCCCCAUUUUGUCUUCUCCGGUGCCGACUUUGCGUUGAUACCUUCCCGUGAUGAGCCUUUUGGUCUUGUUGCUGUUGAAUUUGGGCGAAAGGGAGCUCUUGGUAUUGGGGCCAGAGUGGGAGGGCUUGGUCAGAUGCCUGGAUGGUGGUAUACAGUCGAGUCAACAACAACUUCUCACUUACUGAAGCAAUUUAAGCUGGCAAUUGACAAUGCGCUCAGUUCAAAACAGGAAACCCGAGCAAUGAUGCGCGCCAGAUCAGCUAAGCAGCGAUUUCCGGUGGCUCAGUGGGUCGAGGACUUGGAAAUCCUACAAUCCACAUCGAUUCGAGUCCACCGAAAGGAGCGGGACAAAGCCCAGAAUCCUUCACCGGCCGCCGGAGCUUACAAUGCAAUAUAUGGGAUGAUGACCCCUCAGGCUUCAUCCACGAGAUCCGGUGCCUCAACGCCACCAUUGCUUGCUUCAAGUCGCCCGGGUACCAUGGGGUCACUGCAGCGAAGCUCCAUAGUUUACAGCCGUGACCCAAGCCCCCGCGGUGAUGGAAGGCCAAAGUCAGGCCUCGGUCGACAUUUGUCCUUUGAUGUCCGACCAAUUUCCGCCAGUAUCGAGCCACGCGGUCGCCGUGAUCUCGGCAAGAGCGGCGUUGGGGAGGGCUAUGAAAGCGCCAGCGCCGAUCGUGUUCCCGAGGCCGAGGAAGAUAGCGACGAGGAGAUGAUGGCAACCUGUUUUGGGGAUGAUGAUUAUUCCAUAUCAAUAGAUGGGGCAGAUACCGUUCGACCCCAGACACCAGAUUCCGGUGCUGCUCUCACUAGAGAGGCACUAUUUGCCCAACGUGCAAGCCAAGGCUCCUUGCUGGCACGAUACAGCCACACACCCUCAAGUUCCACGGCUGCAAGUACUGCCGGCACCGAAGAUACCUUGAUACCCCCUUCCCGUCCUUGGACCGAGCCAGGGAAUCGUCUUAGUAGUGCGUCUGUGCUGUCUGUCGAUUCAGUGGUCGGAGAGAAGAAAGACUUCAAGCUCCAAAAAGUGGAUCCAUUCUUCACUGAUAGUAACGGCGAGUACUAUAAAGCUUUUGAGAAGAGGCUGGAGAAUUUGAAUGGAGCCAACUCAGACACAUAUCUCUGCAUUGAGCAGUAUCUCGAGAAAAGUGAGAAGAAAUGGUUCAACAAAUUCCGUGAUGCGCGCCUUGGUCGAAAUCAGGGCUCACCAGCCAGCUCAUUGCAUCGAGGGAGAGGAGGGCCAUCACCUGAUGGAUCCAUAACCAACGAUGAAGGCAUAUCCCGGGAUAGUGGUGGUGCUGAACGAAAAGAGCCACAAGACGAGUUUAUGCUGGGAGAUGAUUACAUACCGCCGACAGGGUUGAAAAAAUGGAUGCAAAUCCGGAUCGGGGAAUGGCCCGUCUAUUCCCUGUUCCUCGGGCUGGGUCAGAUCAUCGCUGCAAAUUCCUAUCAAAUCACGCUACUCACCGGAGAGGUUGGUCAGACCGCUGAAAAGCUCUACGGGAUCGCGACGGUAUACCUGAUCACCUCAAUCCUGUGGUGGCUCUUUUUCCGCUAUUGUAAAUCGGUACUUGUCCUCAGCGUUCCUUGGUUUUUUUACGGAACGGCAUUUUUGGUCAUUGGUGUGGCACACUUCGAGUCAAACUCAUACACUCGUGGAUGGAUUCAGAACAUAGGAAGUGGUCUUUAUGCUGCGGCUUCAUCCAGUGGCUCAAUCUUCUUCGCUUUGAACUUUGGCGAUGAAAGUGGAGCACCAGUCAAGGAAUGGGUCUUCCGUGCCUGUCUCAUUCAGGGCACGCAACAGGCAUAUGUCAUCGCUCUUUGGUAUUGGGGGUCAACCUUGACUAAAGCAAACAACGCGGGAAUCGCGAAUGUCCAGGGGAACAUCACCAACACCUGGAGAAUGACGGCGAUUUGUACCCCCAUCACAUUCUUUUUGUGGGCUAUUGGCCUCAUCAUCUACUUCGGUCUACCAAACUACUAUCAUCAAGCACCGGGCAAGGUGCCGUCAUUCUACAAAUCAGUUUUCCGACGGAAAAUAGUGCUUUGGAACUGGGUCGUGGUCAUUCUCCAAAACUUUUUCCUGAGUGCCCCGUAUGGUCGGAACUGGAAUUUCCUCUGGAUCACCCAACAUGCCACCGGGUGGCAAAUACUGCUUCUCUGCGCGGCUUUCUUUGGUGUCGCAUGGAUUGCAGUCCUCUUCUUUCUAGCGAGAUUGUCAAAAUCCCACAACUGGAUUCUUCCGGUCAUUGCCUGCGGCCUGGGCGCUCCACGCUGGGCUCAGAUAUGGUGGGCAACAUCUGGGUCUGGUCUAUUCCUUCCCUGGGCGGGAAGUUAUACCGCAGGAGCGUUGGUCUCUCGCAGUCUGUGGCUCUGGCUUGGUGUCCUCGAUGCAUUACAGGGCCUCGGGUUUGGAAUGAUCCUCCUGCAGACUUUGACCCGUAUGCAUAUAUGCUUCACUCUCAUUGUGUCCCAAGUUCUUGGCUCCCUUGCAACAAUAUCUGCCAGAGCAUUUGCGCCAAACAACAUCGGGCCUGGGCCAAUCUCGCCUGAUAUCACAGCUGGGGCGGGCGCGCUUGCUAAUGCUUGGUUUUGGGUCGCAUUGCUCCUGCAGCUUGCGAUAUGUUGCGGCUUUCUGCUCUUCUUCCGGAGAGAGCAGCUUUCGAAGCCUUGA